GCGAUCUGUGGUUUAACAUCACAAUCGACCAGUGGAAGUAGCGAACUUCGCCAUUAACUUACCUCUAUUUGUGCAUCUUUUCUGUUUAUGUUUCAUUUCAAACUUUUUUAACCAUGGAGGUUAAAUCGGAAGCGAGCGCUGUUUUCGAUGUAAACAACAUUUGCAGGGCUUGUUUGAGCGAUAAGGGGGAAAUGCGAUCUGUAUUUUUAACAAUUGAUAAUCCAGGUACAGGACGAGCUAUGGUUAUUGCUGAAAUGAUGAUGGGUUUUUGCUCAGUACAGGUGGAAAAUAAUGAUGGUUUGCCUUCUACAGUUUGUCUGCAAUGUUUCCAUAAUAUAAACACUGCAUUUUCUUUUAAACAAUUAUGUGAACAAUCUGACACAAAUCUACGUCAAUAUCUUGGCAAACCACUUCAAAAAAAUUUAAAUAAAGAUGAGGAUUCUCAAAAGAAUGACUUUACUUCAACUCUUUUUUUGGAUGGAUUUGGAAUUUAUUCUUCAUCUGGAGAAAGUGAUGACGAUUACAAAGAUGACUUUCCGUUAUUAGAGCAGCCUCUAACAAACAAUCCAAAUGAUGAGAAAAUAAUUGCUCAGAAGCAGCUCCUCAAAGCAGCUAAAAUGCAGAAGAGUAAAAUUUCAAAAAAAAUUUUGUCAAGAAAUGGAGGAACAAAGGCAGCAGGAGUAGGAGGAAAAAAAAUCAAAAGAAUCAUCCAUCAGUGUAACGCCUGCAAGAAAACAUUUAUAAACUUGAAAUCAUUUCGUAAACAUCUCCGCACCCAUAUUGAAGACCGUCCUUUCAAGUGUAAAUUAUGUCCAAGAGGCUUCACUGAAGAAAAUUAUUUGAAUAAUCAUAUGAGAACCCAUAUGCCUGAUGAUCAGAAACCUCACGAGUGUAAUGUUUGCAACAAAAGAUUUAUACAUGCUACAUUACUGAAUAAGCACAUGCUUAAACAUAAUGGAGAAAAACCAUUUGUUUGUGAAAUCUGCAAUAAGGGAUGUUACGCUGAAAAUAGUCUUUUAAAACAUAUGAAAAUACAUGAGAAAAAAGAAGGCGACCCAGCAUUGUUAAAACAUAUUUGUGAUUAUUGCAAAUUAGAAUUUCCAGACAAUGAUUCCUUAUCUGUUCAUAUCAAACAACACACAGGCGAUCGACCUUUUGUAUGUAAUACAUGUGGUAAAUGCUUUCCCCAGAGAUUUAAUUUAGAACUGCAUCUAAGAACUCAUACUGGCGAACGUCCAUUCCAAUGUGAAGUAUGUAAAAAUGGAUAUGUAUCAAAAGCAAGUUUGAAGAUACACAUGAGAACACACACAAAUGAAAGGCCUUUUGUUUGUGACUUUUGUGGAAAGGCUUUCCGUCAAUCUGGUGAUCUCACUAGUCAUAAAAGGUUGCAUGGUACUGAAAAACCCAUAGAGUGUAGUGUUUGCCAGAAAAGGUUCACAACAGUGAUGAAAUUGAAAUAUCAUAUGAGAAAUCACACAGGAGAACGGCCUUAUGUAUGUACUGUUUGUGGACGCGGUUUUACAGUAAAUACAAUUUUGUUGCGUCAUAUGAGGGUACACUCAGGGGAAAGACCUUAUGUUUGUGUCACAUGUGGUAAAGCAUUCUCCCAAUCGAGCACUCUAAAUACUCAUAUGAAGGUACAUGCUCCCUCACAAUCUUCGAAAUAUCAAGAAACGUUGGACCAAAGGAUGCCCAAAUUUAAUGAAAAUAAUGAUCAAAAAUUUCAACAACCGCAAAUCCAACAAUUGCCGCAGCCUCAGCAGACAAUGCCAACAGAUCACAAUCGUUUGAUGCAACAUGAUGGAACAUGUAGAAGAAUCAUGCAACAAGAAGUUCCAAGAAUGAUGGCAGCUGAUAACUCUAGGAUGAUUCCAGAUGGCAGCCAUAUUCUGACUGAUACUAGAGGACUUCUACCAGAUAAUUCCUCAAUAUUAACAAAUGAUGGAAGAAGAAUACUCAUUAAUGUAUGUGACCAAAAUAGACUGUUAGUGAAUGACAAUACACGCCUUAUGGCAAAUGAUACUAGGCUGUUAUCAAGUGUUAACAUUGCUGAUAAUGGUAAUAGAUUGCUUGGAAAUGAUGGCAGACUGAUGAAUGCCGAUAAUUCAAGAAAUAUGGCAUUAGAUAAUUCUAGAAUUUUACAAGAUAAAUAUUUAACCACUUAUGACCCUUAUCAUAGGGGUCAUUUGUGAAUUAUAUUUAUUUUAUGCAUUUUUUUUUUUGGAGCUAGUAUAAAACUAUGAAAUCUGCUUGAAUCACUGUAGAUUUUGAAAUUUUCUGUAUUUUUUCAUAAUAUUUUUUUUAUUUCAAAGUACAUAGCCUAUUUCAACUUAAAGUAAUGAUAAGCAAAAAAUUAUCAUACAUUGUAAGGUAAAGUAGCUCUCUAUUUUCAUUCAAUUGAUUGUGAGCUUCUGCCUUGACUUUGUUCGAAACUACAGUGGACUCUCAUUAACUCGAAAUUCUGGAUAACUCGAAUUAUUUUCAAUCCCCUUGGAAAAACCUGUUUGAGCCGAAAAAAUUUCCAUGCAUAACUCGAAGUCCGUACUUAACCCCGCCGCACAAGUCGAAAGGUGUCGAAGAAUCGAACGUAUUUAAUGAUGCAAAAAUUGCAUUGUGAGGUUUUAUAGAAUUUUGUUUUAUUUGUUGCUUAGUUAUGUAAAGGUUGUUGAAAAUACAUUUUUUGUUUAAUGUUUUUUAUCCCGACUUUUAUAAGCCUCUGAGAGACCUCUCGGUAGAUUGGAAUUUCUGAAAAAACUUAUUUAGAAUUUUCACUCUCAAUUUCUGAAAUAAGCUCUCAAAAAAUUUGAAUAAAAUGCUCCUGCGCAAUAAUUGCAAUAAUUUGUCAGGAUGAAAAAAAUUUUACAAAAAAAGAAACGAACAAUUACACUAUGAAUUAAUUAACUCUUUUGACGUUUUAGAGUCUAAAUAAGACUCCUUCAUCAGAUAAACUCUGAAAAUAUUCAGAAUAUGUCAAUUGACUUUUGUCAACACAAAGACACGUUGAUCUAUUUCAUUGUGAAAUUUUCUAUUGUCAAUUCAUUAUUCAGUAAAUUCAUCAAAUAUGUACGAUCUACUCUUAUUAUAGGGAAUAAAUAUCACAAAUCUUUACCUCUAUAUCGCGAAUUACCAUUUGGUUUACCUCUCGGUUUAUCCCUGUAAGUCGAAUUUAUCAAGAAUGACCUGUAUAACUCGAACUACGUCUAUGCCGAACUAUUCGUAACUCGACGAAAAAUCUUGGUCCCAUGGUGUUUCGAGUUAACGAGAGUCCACUGUAUUUAUUUCAAUAGUGAACAUUUUUUUGCUUUCAUAUAUAUUCAAAUAAACAAAGCCCAAGCUGGAUCUCUGCAUGAUGUGAACAGACUUGAUUCCUAGACAGAUUAAUGACGAUUACCUCACACUUCCAGUCAUUAUGCAUACACAAACUUUCUUGUUCUUGUUUUGACCUUUUCAGGUCUAUUUAUAGCAAAUUAGAUUUGGAAUGGAGACACAAAUCUGGGAACAGGAUCUGUAAUUGUUAUACAUUAUUCUGUUCUUUGGAGUUACUUAGAUCGACUAUUCUUCCUUUUUCACCAGUAAAGCUAUUCUCAAUAGUUGGAAAUAAGAAUUGAAACAAAAAAACGAAGGUAUUCCAUAAUGAAUGAAACAAGGAAAGGUGUGAAAUAAAAGAAAUGACAUUAGAUUUUAAAGUCGUAGUAUUAUUUCUAGAAUUGUUUAUAUUUGCUCUUUGUGUGGUAACUUUGAGAGCUUUAUUCAUUAACUGAUUUGCAAAUUAGACUGAGAAAAAUAUUCACAUAUAUAAAUUGUAUACAGGGUAGUAAUACAAAAAACUUAAUGGAAAUAUUCGUAUAAGAUAGCACUGUAGAGAAUGCAGGAAAUCUUAUAAUAUGCAAUUCUGCCUUACUCAGAUUUUCGAGGUUACUCACUAAUAUGGGUGUGUUCAGAUAAGCUACGGUUUAUUCAUACAGUCCCUCUAACUACCCCUCGUAGGGAGUUGGACCAAAUCCCUCUUCUUUAUAUCAUGGAUGAGAAGACAACAGAAUUCGAUGAAAUUUCACUGUAUUGGGUGUCCCAAAUUCAUUGUCUAGUGAGGGGAUCUCAGAAUUCCCUUGAACUAGAAAAAAAAAUGAAUGACACAUUUUGGGGCUUGAUGUUUGAGAGAAUUUAUUUGGAGAAAACCGCAACCUCAUAAUGUCCAGUUUUCAAGAUAUAAGAGAAAAUUGGAAAAUGGCGUGAAAUGAAAAGUUCUCAUAACUUCUUUAUUAUUGGUGCUAUCAACAUGAAACAAAAACACCUUAGAGGCACUUUUCUUAGUAGAACUCAUUGGUGUAAUCAUUUGUUUUUUAAUGCAUUUAGUUUUGAAGAUAUAAUACAAACUUUUGUUUUUUAUGUGAACCAUAUAAAUUUAUAUAACAAAUGAAAUCGCUUAAUUUUUCCCUUUUAAAAAAUAAACAGGGUAUUUCAUUGGUAAAUGUACAUACGUUUACCUGAGGUAGAGCUACCUUAGGCGAGGCCAAAAAACCUAUAUAUGAUAGGUUUAAUCUUCCCCAUAGCCGAAAUGCAGGGUGGUUUAUGAAUUCACCAAUAUUUUCAAUUCCUCAUAACUUUUGAACCACAUUUGAGUGACAUUUGAAACGCACAAUUCAUUCCAUUGAUUAAUCUUUAAAAUAAUUAAAAAAAUCAGGUCCGUAUUAGAAAAAUAUGGGACUUUUCACAAGCUGAGUUUCAACACCCUGUAUAGUGGAAUAUUGCCAUGCGUUUCUGGAAAAAACUUGAGAAAAUUUGUCAGAAUAACAAAAUACAAAUAUCCAAUCAGCGAAACAAGAGAUUUUUCCAAUUUAAUCUCAAUGUACGAUUUUUCUGAGAAUUUAGUGAAAUUCCAGUAUUGAACUAAAUUUUUGGCCGAAAUUUUCGAUGAGUUGAAUGACUUGCGGAACAUCAAAAUUUACUGAUCCCCAUGGAAAAAACAUUGAAUCCUGUAUCUCCAAAACUAACCGUAUUAGCAUACAAAAAAGCUACUUUUUUGAAAGGCCUGGAUGACCUGCAAUCACCACUAGGCUAUUGCCAGUCACUCAUAUUACACCCUAUACAAUUAAAAAAAACUUUAUAUAAAUGUUUUCUUUUAUGUUCAAUAAACAUUUUAUCGUUGAAAAUGUGACCAGAGUGUAGUUCAUUGAGUAUUUUAUUGAGAUCAACUAAGUAAGCCUCUCUAAGGCUAUUCACAUUCUCAUUUUUGCUCCAGUUCAAAAAAUUAGCAUAUUGCUUCUCGUACCUUGUUUUAGAUUUUUCAGGCAAAUGAUUCCUUUCUAAAGCUGUUCACAUUCUUAUCUUUGCUCCAGUCCAAAAAAAUUGCAUAUUGCUUCUUGUACCUAUCUUUAGAUUUUUCAGGCAAUAGAUUCAUAGUUGCUAUAUUAGCUGUUUCCAGAAUACUCGUAUCUUCUGAAAGCUUCUCAUUAGAUGAAUAAAUUUUUAAUUUUGUUUUUAUGAAUGAUAUUCGAAAAACAAAUAUUGAUUUGUUUUUAAGUUUAAGGAUGAACAAGAGAACAGAGAUUUCAUGUUGAAGGUAUUUUUAUUAACACGUUUAACAAAUAUUUACUUUCCCGCAUUAGUGCGGGAAAGUAGUUAUUUAGGACCGGUUGUAGAAAAAAUCUCUUCAACAGAUGUAAAAUUUUUUAAUAUUACGAAAUUUUUUCGGGCUUCCUCCUUAUCACCAUUUGCUCAAAUGGGGUGAAAAGCUCCUUAAUAUUGCGUUAUUGUCAUUUUUCUGUGAAAUGAAUUGGCUUGAGAUUUUUAUAAGUGUAUAUUUACUUUUAACUAAAUGAACAUCAUUUUCAGUGUACCACAUUAUGAAUUGUCAUAAAUAAAUUGGAAUAACACUUGA